CGGUUCCUGGCGCCUCGCUGUAACCCGACUCCGCGCUCGCUCGUGGGGGGCGGGAGCCCGAGCGGCGCUGCGCCCCGGCCCGAGUGCCACAUCACUCGCCCGCCGCCCUGCCCGCCGCCCACCAUGCUGCCCCCGCCGCCACCGCUGCUGCUUCUCGCGGUGCUGGUCGCCGCCGCCGCCCGGCCGGGGUGCGAGCCCACCAGGGGCCCCGCGGGCGGAUGCCCCAGGCUGUCAGCUGCGGACAGCGCCAUGUGUGUGGACCUGCAGCUCAGGACCUGCAGCGACGCGGCCUACAACCGGACGGUCUUCCCCACGCUGCUGAACCACCGGUCCCGGGAGGCGGUGGAGUCCAGCUCCGAGUACAUGGGGGUGGGGGCGGGGGCGCCAGGAGCGGUCAGAGCCCCUCGUGGGGCAGGUAGCUGGGGGCCGACAGCAUCAUCCAUGGUGGGGGCGGCAGGCAGGCCCGAGCUGGCCCCCAGCUCCCGCAUUCCUCCCCCAGGAGGCCUGGACGUCGAGGAAGUGCUGCCCUCGGGCCACCCGCCAACCUCCAUUCGCUUCACCCACCACUCCUACGCCCAGAUGGUGCGCGUGCUGAAGCGGACGGCGGCCCACUGCUCCCACAUCGCCAAGACCUACAGCAUUGGGCGCAGCUUCGAUGGCCGGGACCUGCUGGUCAUCGAGUUCUCCAGCCGCCCUGGCCAGCACGAGCUGAUGGAGCCCGAGGUGAAGCUGAUAGGCAAUAUCCAUGGCAACGAGGUGGCGGGACGGGAGAUGCUCAUCUACCUGGCCCAGUACCUGUGCUCUGAGUACCUGCUGGGCAGCCCCCGCAUCCAGCGCCUGCUCAACACCACCCGCAUCCACCUGCUGCCCUCCAUGAACCCUGACGGCUACGAGGUAGCGGCUGCUGAGGGUGCCGGCUACAAUGGGUGGACGAGUGGGAGGCAGAAUGCCCAGAACCUGGACCUGAACCGUAACUUCCCGGACCUGACGUCGGAGUACUACCGCCUGGCCUCCACCCGCGGCGCACGCAGCGACCACAUCGCCAUCCCACAGCACUACUGGUGGGGUAAGGUGGCCCCCGAGACCAAGGCGAUAAUGAAGUGGAUGAGGUCCACCCCCUUCGUGCUCUCGGCCAGCCUCCACGGGGGCGACUUGGUGGUUUCCUACCCCUUCGACUUCUCCAAGCACCCCCAGGAGGAGAAGAUGUUUUCUCCCACGCCCGACGAGAAGAUGUUCAAACUGCUGGCCAGAGCCUAUGCCGACAUGCACCCCAUGAUGAUGGACAAGUCGGAGAACAGGUGUGGAGGCAACUUCCUGAAGAGAGGCAGCAUCAUCAACGGGGCAGACUGGUACAGCUUCACGGGAGGCAUGUCCGACUUCAACUACCUGCACAGCAACUGCUUUGAGAUCACAGUGGAGCUGGGCUGCGUGAAGUUCCCGCCCGAGGAGGCCCUGUACACCUUGUGGCAGCACAACAAGGAGCCACUGCUGAACUUCGUGGAGAUGGUGCACCGGGGCAUUAAAGGCGUGGUGAUGGACAAAUUUGGCAAGCCAGUCAAAAACGCCCGCAUUUCAGUCAAGGGCAUCCACCACGACAUCACCACUGCCCCAGAUGGUGACUACUGGAGACUGCUGCCCCCAGGGUCCCACAUUGUCAUUGCUCAAGCCCCCGGCUACUCCAAGGUCAUCAAGAAAGUCACCAUCCCUGCCCGGAUGAAGAGGGCCGGUCGCGUGGACUUCAUUCUCCAGCUGCUGGGGACUGGACCCAAGAAGUUCCUUCCUGGGCCUCGGAGAAAUGGGCCCGGGCUCCGAGACCCGCCCGGUGGUGCUGGCCCACACGGGGAGCCCGAGGAGCCCCUGGGGGCCCGGAGACAGCCCGCGGCCGGCGGGAGCAAACCUUGGUGGUGGUCCUACUUCACGUCACUGGGCCAGCACCAGCCGCGCUGGCUGCUUAAGUACUAGGCACCCGCCUGCUCGUGCCAGGCACACGCCUGGCCCAGGGCUCCUGCUCUUGAUCUGUCUUCCAAAGACAUCCCACUAAGCCUUUUCCAUUUUAUUAAAGUGUUUUUACUCCCCUCCCAC